CCGCCAGGAGCUUGACUGGUUUAGCCGCGGCUCUUCGCUCGUCUUCUGUCGGUUUAGAUUAGGUAGGUUUUUAGAAAAACCUGUUUUGGAUAGCAAAAGGAGAAGAUGCCUGCCACACAAAUGCCAAUGAGAUAUGGACAUCCAGAGGGACAUACAGAUGUUUGUUUUGAUGAUUCUGGCAGUUGUAUCGUAACUUGUGGAAGUGAUGGAGAUGUUAGGAUUUGGAAAGACCUGGAUGACGAUGAUCCUAAAUCUAUUAAUGUUGGAGACAGGGCUUAUUCAUGUGCUUUAAAGAAAGGAAAAUUGGUCACCUCAGUAUCUAAUAAUACUAUUCAAGUUCAUACAUUCCCUAAUGGAGUUCCAGAUGGUAUACUGACUCGAUUCACUACAAACGCAAACCAUGUGAUCUUUAAUAGAGAUGGUGCCAAAAUUGCUGCUGGAUCUGGUGAUUUUAUGGUGAAAGUUGUGGAUGUGAUGGAUAGUAGUCAACAGAAAACAUUUCGAGGACAUGAUGCCCCUGUGUUAAGUGUUUCCUUUGAUCCAAAGGACAUCUUUCUGGCAUCAGCAAGUUGUGAUGGCUCAGUUAAAGUAUGGCAGAUCUCAGAUCAGACGUGUGCUAUUAGUUGGCCAUUGCUACAAAAGUGUAAUGAUGUGAUAAAUGCAAAAUCAAUAUGCAGACUUGCUUGGCAGCCAAAAAGUGGGAAGCUACUGGCAAUUCCAGUAGGAAACACCAUCAAGCUAUACAGAAGAGAAACUUGGAGAAAUGAAUUUGAACUUUCAGAUAAUUUCAUCACUCUGCCCCUCAACGUAGUAACCUGGUCUCCUUGUGAAAAAUAUUUGGCAGCAGGGAGUGUAAAUGGUUGUAUUGUAGUUUGGAAUGUGGAAACCAAAGACUGCAUGGAAAGGGUAAAACAUGAGAAAGGUUAUUCAAUUUGUGGCCUGGCGUGGCAUCCUACUUCUAGGCAAAUAGCAUAUACAGAUGCUGAAGGAAACUUGGGACUGCUGGAGAAUGUUUGUGAUACAGAUGGAACAAAGUCAAAUAAUAAAGUUUCUGGCAUAGCCAACAAAGUUUACAAUCAUCUUUUUGAUGGAGAUGAUGAUAGUGAUAAUGCUAACAGUGGUGAUUUUUUAAAUGAAAAUAUGGAGUUCCCAAAAGGAAGAUCAAAUUAUGAAGAUGAUGAAGAUGAUCUCAUGUUGGCUUCAGGGUACUCUAGACACAGAAGUCACAUUCUAGAAGAUGAUGACAGUUCAGUUGAAGCUACAUUGAUGGAAAAAGGUUCUCAUCAUGAAAAAGAGGAGGAGAGAGAUGAGCAGUUGGGUAGCACUCAUGCUAUGCCACUUACAACUUCCCAAAGGUUAUUUUAUGAUGGACCAAUGCCAUCUCUGCAGCAAAAGCCAUUUCAGUCUGGUUCUACUCCCCUACACCUCACUCAUCGAUUCAUGGUUUGGAAUUCUGUUGGAAUUAUUCGAUGCUAUAAUGAUGAUCAGGACAGUGCUAUAGAUGUGGAAUUUCAUGAUACAUCCAUACAUCAUGCAACACAUUUGUCAAACACUUUGAAUUAUACAAUUGCAGAUCUUUCCCAUGAAGCCAUUUUGUUGGCAUGUGAGAGCACCACAGAACUUGCAAGCAAACUUCAUUGCCUGCAUUUUAGUUCAUGGGAUUCAAGUAAAGAGUGGACAGUAGACAUGCCACCAAAUGAGGAUAUUAAAGCCAUUUGUCUUGGUCAAGGAUGGGCUGCUUCUGCCACCAGUGCCUUGCUCCUUCGUAUGUUUUCUAUAGGAGGUGUUCAGAAAGAGGUCUUCAGUCUUCCUGGCCCUGUCGUAUCAAUGGCUGGACAUGGAGAGCAACUUUUGAUUGCUUUCCACAGAGGUACUGGAUUUGAUGGAGAUCAGUGCCUUGGAAUACAGCUGCUAGAGCUGGGGAAAAAGAAAAUGCAGAUUUUGCAUGGAGACCCUCUUCCUCUUACAAGGAAGUCUUAUCUGGCAUGGGUUGGGUUUUCAGCUGAAGGUACCCCUUGUUACGUGGAUUCAGAGGGCAUUGUACGAAUGUUAAACAGAGGACUUGGCAAUACAUGGACUCCCAUAUGUAAUACAAAAGAACAUUGCAAAGGAAAAUCUGAUCACUACUGGGUAGUUGGCAUCCAUGAAAGCCCCCAGCAGCUAAGGUGCAUUCCUUGUAAAGGAUCUCGUUUUCCUCCUACUCUUCCACGUCCUGCUGUAGCUAUAUUAUCCUUUCAGCUUCCUUAUUGUCAGAUUGCAACAGAAAAAGGACAAAUGGAGGAACAAUUUUGGCGUUCAGUUAUCUUUCAUAAUCACCUUGAUUACUUGUCUGAAAAUGGCUAUGAAUAUGAAGAAAGUACUAAAAAUCAGACAAUAAAAGAACAACAAGAAUUGUUAAUGAAAAUGUUUGCGCUUUCUUGUAAACUGGAUCGAGAGUUUCGUUGUGUGGAGCUUGCUGAACUAAUGACUCAAAAUGCUGUGAAUUUAGCCAUUAAAUAUGCUUCUCGCUCAAGGAAAUUAAUAUUAGCCCAAAGGCUUAGUGAGUUGGCUGUAGAGAAGGCAACAGAGUUGGCAGUCCUUAAACGAGAAGAGGAAGAUUUCAGAAAUAAGCUGAAUACUAGUAGCACUACAGAAUGGAGCCAACCUAGGGUCGUAGAUCACAAAGUUGAGGAGAUAAUUCUGAGGACAGUGAAGAAGCCGAUGAAACAGAAGAAAAAAACAGAUCUACAUAAGAAUAGACAGAAUCCAUUUUGUAAAAAUGGAAAUUCAGCUGAUGGGCCAGCUACCAAAUCAGUCACACCUAGCAACCAAGGACGAGUGAAUCCCUUUAAGGUCUCAGCCAGUUCAAAAGAAUCAACCAUUUCAGUACAUUCAACAUCAAGUAACAUUUUAGAUAAUAUGAACAUAUCCAAGACAUCUACUGUGCCUAAUCGAACUGCAAAUAUAAAAAUCCCCAGUUUUAAACCUCUGACUCCAAAACCAAAGUCACAAGUACCAGCAAAAAAUUUUUUUCAGGCCAAUAUCUCCCAACCAGAUAAAAUAGUGGAAGAGAAAGUAAAUCCUGAAAAUUCAUUAUCUGAAAGCCCAGCUAUGUCUGCUCAAAAUAUUGAAAAUGAAAGGUCAAGGCCAAAGACUGGGUUCCAGAUGUGGCUGGAAGAAAACAGAAGUGAUAUUUUGACUGAUCAUCCUGAUUUAUCAGAGGAACCAGAUAUAAUAAAAGAGGGAAUAAAUAGAUUCAGAAUGUUGUCAGAUGAAGAAAGGAAGGCAUGGGCCAACAAGGCCAAAGGAGGAGCUGAAAAACCAAAAGAAGCUGAAACCAAAAAGCGAAGAGAGCCCAGCAGUGAUGAUACAAAACAGAGAGAACAAGGAAAUCCAAAGGAGAAUCUGAAUUUGUCAAAAAAACGAAAAUCCCUAGAUAUCUCUACCAACCAGAAACUGUCAGCUUUUGCAUUUAAGAAAGACUAACAUAAAAAAUUAACUGGCCUUAAAAAAAGCUAGUUUUUUUUUUCAUUAUUAGCUUUGAUCAUGUUUUAGCUAAGCUACAUGUGUUUGUGCAAACAGUGACUAGUAAGCCCUGUCCUUUUAAAAUACUGUGAUUCUAUCUGUACUUGUUAUUUCAUUUGUAAAAAAAUGUUCCUAUUUACUGUUUACUCUGCCCAAAUGUGUAGAGCCAUUUAGGACCAUUUAUGAUUAUUG